AGAGAUCUGACGCAGUGUGAGCGGCUGCUGCCUCACUUCCACUCCCCGCUCCCAGGAAGAGACUAGGCGGCUCAGAAAGCUCCACAAACGCGUUGCUCGACCCCGGGAGAGAGACCCAGAGGACGGCGGGAUGUGGCGAUGAGGACGCCGGGGAAGCAGAGAGUGCACACGGGGCGGUGGAGCUCGGAUUGUGGAUUAAACCCGGAUCUGUAAGCGGCUGGUUGCUUCUCAUUGUGUGCUGAGUGGCGCAGGAGAAAAGGAUGCCUCCGCGGACACACACGCUCCUGCUGCUGCCGACCAAAAGCUCCAAUAUUUCCCGACACAAGCCGUCUGUUGUCUCCUCUCCGCCGGAGGGUCUGCUGCUGGUUUCUGGGGCUCAGCGUCCACCAUGCUGCCCGCUCGGUCUCCAUGAAAACUCUCAAUGAAAACAAGGAGGAGGAGGAGGAGGGGUCGGGCUGCAACGCCAUGGAGGACAAGGAGAACAAUCUGAAAACGGCCAGGUUGUGGAGGGAUGCCGCCCUGCGCUCCAGGAAGCUGCGGAGCAACCUGCGCCAGCUCACCCUCUGCUCCAAAGACAACCAGAUCAUACUGCCGGAGGAUAUAGCCGAAAUAGAGGUGCUCAAUCUGGGAAACAACUCCCUCCAGGAGCUGCCAGACGGGCUGGGAUCCACCCUCAACAACCUGCGCAUCCUUGUCCUCCGCAGGAACAAGUUCUCAGCCGUUCCUCGUGUGGUGUUUGAGCUGGGGCAGCUGGUGGAGCUCGACAUGAGCCACAACUGCCUGAGAAGCUUCUCUGAGGGUGUGGGUCAGCUGAAGGGGCUGAAGAAGCUAUGCAUCAGUCACAACAAAAUCCAGUAUCUGCCGGCUCAGAUCGGAGCGCUUCAGUUUUUAGAGGAGCUCGACAUCAGCUUCAACGACCUGAGAGAUUUCCCCAGAUCUUUCUCCAGCCUGACCAAACUGCGGACUCUGGAUGCAGAUCACAACAAGCUGAACCAGUUCCCCCCUGAGAUCGUGGCCCUCAGCGAGCUCGAGGAACUUGACUGCUCUGGAAACAAGUUUGAGACGUUACCAGCAGACAUCAUGAAGCUGCAGUCUGUCAAAAUCCUGUGGCUCAGCAGUCUUCACAUGUCCACGUUACCCGACACAUUCUGUCAGCUGCACAACCUGGAGAGCCUGAUGCUGGACGGGAACAACCUCACGGUGCUGCCUCCUGCUUUUGGUCGGCUGCAGAGACUCAAAAUGAUCAAUUUGUCCUCUAACGAGUUUGAGAACUUCCCCCAGGUUAUUUUCAGCAUCACAGGAUUAGAGGAACUUUACCUAAGCCGGAAUAAACUGAUUCAUAUUCCCGAGGAAAUAGGGCAGCUGGUGAAGCUGUCCAACCUUUGGCUGGACAAUAACAACAUCACAUAUCUGCCAGAUUCCAUCGUGGAGCUGGAGAAGCUGGAGGAACUUGUUCUACAGGGUAACCAAAUAGCCAUACUUCCAGAUAAUUUUGGAAAGCUGUCCAAAGUGAACAUUUGGAAGGUGAAGGAUAACCCUCUCAUCCAGCCUCCGUAUGAGGUGUGCAUGAAGGGGAUCCCUUACAUCGCAGCCUAUCAGAAGGAGCUGGCACAUUCGCAGCUUGCUGUAAAGCCGCGGCUGAAGCUGGUCCUGAUGGGGAUGAAAAAUGCUGGGAAAACCCGGCUCAGGCAGAGUGUGGUGAGCACACAGCAGGAUGUUAAAGGAAUCCAGGGAAACAAAGGAAUUGAAGUCACUAACUGGGUGGCGGACGCUGAUCGCUGUCUUACAUUUCUAGUGUAUGAUCUGUCAGGGAAGCAAAACUACGACCUCAUCAAACCCUUUUUUCUCUCCCCCGGUGCUCUCUACAUUCUCGUUGUGAAUCUCAAAGCAUAUUCGCCCAAGAACUUUUAUGUCCAUGUCGGGCAUUUCCUGCACCUCCUCAGUGCCAAAGUACCCCACGCUGUUGUGUGCCUGGUGGGCACGCAUGCAGACCUGUGUGGGGAGGUGGAGUUGGAGGAGAAGAGUCUGGACAUUCACAGACAGAUCGGCCUGCAGGAGAAGAGAGACAUCCAGAGCCUGAGGAGUCUGGCUCUGCAGGUGGAUCAGGCGCUGGAGCAGGGCUUCAUCGUCCGCUCCUCCAGCCCUCACGUCCUCUUCUACGGAGUCUCUGACAGGAACCUGAGGCGGAGGAAAGCCCAGCUGCAGUACAUGCUGAACCACAGGCUGCAGAUCCUGUCUCCUGUGCUGAGUGUGAGCUGCACAGAGACCCAGAGUAACAUUCAGAGGCUGAGAGAGAAGCUCAUGUCUGUUGCAGACCACAGGGAGAUCUUCCCCAACCUCCACCGUGUGCUGCCAAAGUCCUGGCAGAUGCUGGAGGAGUUGCACUUUAAGCCCAAAGAUCUGUGGCUCUCCUGGUGGGACUCGGCCCGCCUGGGCCUGCAGGCGGGGCUCACGGAGGACCGACUGCAGAGCGCCUUAUCCUACCUGCACGAGAGUGGAAAGCUGCUCUACUUUGAGGACAGCCUCACCCUGAAGGAAUAUGUUUUUCAUAAUCUUCCACGAUUCAUUGCAAUUCUCAACGUCUUCUUCCAGAGGGACGAGUCCACACUGUUGGACAGGCUCCUCUCUGAGGGGGAGAGGGGGGACAAGGGGAGGGUGAGUCUGGUUAUAGAGGACGAGAAGGGAGAAAACCUCAGGGUGACACAUCUGCAGCACCAUGUGGAGGGCUUCCUUCAGCACGGCCUUUUGCCCUCCAACGUCAUCCGCCUGCUCCUCAGACCGCUUAUCCAGACCCAGCAGGAUCUCCACCUCAUCAUGGAGCUCCUGGAGAAGAUGGGGAUCUGCUACUGCAUCAACAAACCCCGCAGCAAGCCUCUGAACGGAGCCACAGCGUGGUACAAGUUCCCCAGCUAUGUCAGCAAUGAGGAGCCCCGGGCGGAGGCCUCAGCCAGUGGGAGCUCUCUGCCUGUGUGUCACUUCUUCUCUGUGGAGCAGCUGCACAUCCAGUACAGCUUCCCUUUCCUGUUUCCUCCCGGACUGUUUGCACGCUUCAGUGUGCAGAUAAACAGCCAUGUGGUUCAGAGGUCAGACGGCAGGCACCAGAUCUUCGCCUAUCGAGGUAAAGUCCCCGUGGUGAUCAGCCACCGGCCCUCCAAAGGGAAGCUGCAGGCAGAGACUCUGUCCAUUGCCAGCCACGCCUCGCUGCCCAACAUCUGGACCGCCUGGCAGGCCAUCACCCCGCUGGUGGAGGAGCUGAAUGUGCUGCUGCAGGAGUGGCCCGGCCUCAACUACUCUGUACAUAUUCUCUGUUCCAAGUGCCUCAAGAGAGGGUCGUCCAACCCACACGCCUUUCCAGGUGAGCUGCUGAGCCAGCCGCGGCCUGAAGGUCUGACCGAGAUCAUCUGUCCAAAGAACGGUUUGGAGCGGGUCAACGUGGCUCUGGUUUACCCCCCGACGCCCACCGUGGUCAGCCCCUGUCUCAAGUGAUCCGUGGGGCCGGAGCCUGGCUCGCCUCGCUGUCUCACCAGAGCCUCCUCACCCCUCCUCACCCCCGAACCGACCCCCGGCUGAAGGCUGGAUCACUGCCUCGUACGUACGUCCUCCACACUGCCGUCUCAUGUUCUGUACCUCCAGAAUCCAACCUACGUGUUGACUCCUCUGUUGCAGGUGGAUCCUUAAGCAGCUUGAUGAGCACAAACUUCAGCCACAGUAGCGUCUCCACUGACCCACCGCGUCUCCACACGUCUCCACACGUCUCCCAGGGUCUCCUCUGCUUUUUAAUCUCAAAGACUCGAGGACGUUUGAAUCAUUUCUAACAUUUAUUGAGGAAAAACAUGUUUGUAACUGUGAGGAGCUUGUUUGUAAUAGUGGGGCAGAUUCCCACCUGAGAGGACUCUGAGAUCAGGACUGAAACAUUGGACUCCAUACGUAAAGGACGACCUGAGCGGGACGAGAAGAGCAGCUGUUUCCAUGUGUACAUAUUUGUCUGUGCCUGAGGCGACCUGAAGCGUGCUGGAGCUGUCGCUGUGUCAGCUCGUAUAAAUAAAUUCUCUUUCCACUGGACGUCGCACCAGCAUCUCCGACCAAAACCACCAGACUCCACUCACAAAAACACUCAUUUUAACAGAAAUCAAACUCACCUAAAGGAUCUUUGUUAGUCCGUCCAAAGACCACAUCAAUCAGGUUGAACUCAUUUUAAACUACCCAACAGUUUAGCAAUACUAAACUAGUGAGAUACUGUGUGACACAGCAACAGCUCCACUGUAAGAGAGCAGCAAUCUGACUCCUCUUCCUCUACAGAGGUUGGAAGUGAUGAUGUAAAGUUAACAGACGACCUGUAAUGGCGAGGUGCUCAGAUAUUAAUAAAAUGAGUGUA